AUUAUUCUUCAUCGUCUUCCUCAUCAAUAUUUAAACAAUUUUAUCUCUUAUUUUGUAGUCAUUAGACAAAAAAAUCACAAUCAAAAAAUAGCAAUUCUCACAAUGUUAAUGUCAAUAUUUAGUUCCAUUGAUGCUUUUUGUGCCGAAUCAAUCGGGCGAAAGCUUCAUGUUACCAAUGCCAACAUCAACAAGAUAGAACAAAAUCCUUCUUCAUCAUUAGAUAAUGUGAUCAUAAAAGCAGAAGAUGGAGAAUCAAGUAAACAGUCUCCAUCUUCGUCUUCGUCUACGUCUCAAAAUGUUAAAAAGCCCACAUCGAAAAUGAAAAUCUGUCCUAGAUUCGCCCCGGAGUUGGAUGGCAUCAAUUGUUUUGAGACAAUUGUACCUUAUUAGACUAUUAGUAUAUAUUUCUUCAUUUAAAAGUUGUAGCCAAAUUUCACCUUUGUACAUAGUAUUAAUAUUAAUUUCCAUGAUGUUAAAUGUUGUUCA